AUGUCGUACGACCGCACGUACCGCAAGACCACCACCACACGCAACAGCCGCCCACGAUAUGCGCCCCCUCCCCCUCCCGGCCCUGGUGCCCACAACCGACAACAUUCGGUCUUGGGCUACUGGGUCCCAUUGAUCACGAUCGGCACAAUCGCUGUAGGAGGACUGGCAGCAUGGAUAUGGUCAGAAAGGGGCGACGACGAUGAAUACCCACAAGACAAGCCUCCCCGCCCACCGACUGGCAUGGGAGGGCCAUAUCCUACACAAGGCUCCCAGCAAUAUCCAGGACCGCCUCCACCGCCAGGAGUAGUGCCAUUGCAAGACAACACCACCCAGAUGCCUCCGCCUGUGGGAGCUCAACAAUCAUCCUAUCAGCAGACCUCAUACCAGGGCGAGGCCUCCAGCUACUAUGGCUCCUCUUCGCAGACACAGUCGCGUGAUGUUCGGCGGGACGACAAUACGUUCAUUGGGCGUAUGACGGGUGCGAUCAAGAGGACUCCCAGUCCACAACAAUUCUUCGACUCCGCCUCAAAGCAAGUCAUGGGAGGUCUGGCAGCUGCUGGCUCGGCGCUGGGUAGCAUUAUGGAGGUGGAAAGCAAUGGCGACCAUGACGAAUACCGACGACGCGAUGACCGAGAUGGCUUCAGUGAUCAUGAGCGUUGGAGUGAGGAGGCCGAUGAGAGACAGCGAGUCACUGCAGUGGAGGCGGAGAGUGGAAAACGGGUUGAUGCCGCGAGAAGGGAAAGAGAAGAGAAGGGGAAGAACAAGGCCAAACGUACUGUUGCUAUUGUUGUCAGUGCUGACUUUGAUGCUGGUGAUGAUGCGUAUGAGGGAGAUUUCCGCACCGAGCAUGGCUCGAUCUUGUCGCACCUUCCAAACCUGCACGAUUCAUCACAAACAGACCUGUUUGUGCUUAUAUACGCCCCAGGCUUGAAGUCAUUGCCACCUAUUGACUACCAGCCGGGUCGUGCCCCUUCAGCCAUGGGUUCCUCCUACUCUGAGAUCAACACUCCCGCGCAGACUCCCGGCUCCGAGCUCCAGUCCAUUUCUCCACGCAUCGACGCAACCGACAUGAAAACCAAGCAUUUCGACGCUUUGUACAACCAAGCGCAAACUCUCGUCUCGCACCCUACACAUAUCCUCCCUUUCACCACGGCAGAUGGAUAUGUGCAUCUCCUCCGCCAUCUUGCACCUCAGCUUGUCUACAUCAGCGAUACACUCAGUGGUCGUGAAGGCGAGACCGUUGCCGCUUUGAAGGGCUGGGUUGGGCAUACUGUGCUCGUCGUCGGAGACGAAGGACAUGGUGGGCUGGCAGAUACUGAGACUGAGACUGAAGACGAACGAGGCGAGAGGAAGGAAAAACGAAGAUGGUGGGAGCACUCGAGUUUUGUCGGGUUAGGCAAGGAAGUCGAUGUCGUCGAUGCUACUCGUGUUGGCGAUGAUUGGGCAAGGAGAGUCACAGGCAGGGAGUAA